AGAAUUACAUUGUGUGGGACACAAGUAUUACAAUCGCGAUAGUGCUGUAGCCAAAACGUAAUGACGACACUCUACUUCGCUUUGAUUAUUUUCAGAUUGUCUUUUAUAUGUGGCUCUAUCAUUCCAAAAAAUUAUGAUGUACAAAAAAUGGACUUUAUUAUUGACAUAAUAAUAUCCAAUUACAACCAUAAUGGAUGGACAAACGUGAUUACAAUGGGGAGGUUACCUGAUAGCUUUUACAAGAUAUCUGAGAACUUAAACGCUACCAUUAUAAUCGCCAAUGAAAACUAUACCGACCAUGAAGUAGAUGAAAUAUUGCAACAUAGAGCAAACACAAUAGUCAUGGACUGUGUGGACACCGAUGAUUUCGAAAAAAAGUUUUAUAUACUACGUAAACUUCCGUAUUAUCAUCCCCAAUCUCACAUUAUUCUUUAUUACCACGGCGAAUUGAGCAAACAAAUGACAGCGAAAAUCUUCUUCUACUUCUGGUACUAUAUGUGUCCGAAUGUUAUCAUCAUGACAUAUAACGACAGCGACGAAAAAUUUGUGAUCACCUACUUCAGCCCAUACAUCUACGAAAAUUACAAGCUCGACCUAGAAUUUGGCUGUCGGACACGAAGAAAAAUGUCUUACCCGAUAGAAAAUUUAAAUAAGAGCUUUAUAUGCACUGAAGGUUGCGCUAAUGUAACUUCAACUUCAAAGACACUUCACUUGGGUACAUGUAUUGGAACACGAACAUUCAUUAUAGGUUACAAAGAUGAAGCAUUAAUAAGAGGUAUCAAUCUCUUCGAAGAAAAAGGUAAAAAUCUGCACGGUUACAGUUUGAGAUCGCUUUCUAUACAAAUAAUACCUUUCCUGAUGAUAGAUGAAAAAUCUGACGGGACGUACGUACUUCGUGAGAGAGACGGUCGCAUAUGGAGUACAAUGGCUGAAUUGAUGAAUUUCACUAUUGACCUUUCCCCUUGUGCAGCUUUCUUGAAAAACCCGUUUAAUUUCGAAUUGGUCAUCAAACUAAUAUUCGAUUUUUCCAUGAGAAAAGCUGACCUGAUGCUAAUGCCCGUUUACCAGUUUAAUUUUUUAGUGGUCGAAGUAGAUAUGACAGUGCCGUACAAAGCAAGCGGUGUCUGUUUCAUGUCCCAUCGUGCAGGCUUUGCAACUACUCUGUUUGACUUUCAAUUGAUGUACAGUAAUUUUGAAUUAUUUAUUGAAGCCUUCUUUUGUUUCAUAGGCACUUGGUUCGUAUAUUUCAUUUUUAAUGUUUUCGAGAAGGGAACUAUUAGUUUGGAUCAGGUUGGAAAGGACUUUAUCAACUCCAUCAGGAAUGUACUUUGUAUACCCCUCUAUAAGCCGCCAAAAAAAGAAAAUUUUCGCAUUUUCUUAGCGAUAUCAAUAUGGAGUUUUUUCAUUAUUAACUUCGCCACACAGGCAGCUAUUAUUUCGUUUUUUAGUGCGUACAAAAGGGCUAAAGAUGUGGAGACUUUUGCAGAUAUCAUCGAAAAAGGUUACGUAAUAGAAGGCGUCGCUUCCCCUGAUGUGAUGCUUCCAGAAAUUAACGAAAUAAAUAAUCAAAUCAAUUCUAGAGUGGUCCCCGUACGUGAUAUGUUUGAAUGUGUUAAUAAAAUUGGUAUCGACAGUCGCAGAUUUUGUUUAAACGAUUGUUCAGUUGGUCGAUACUUGCAAAGAAAUCUAUUGAACGACAAGGGAGAACAAUAUUUGCACAUAGCUAAAGAUCAAAUACACAAUCAUUACUUAAUCAUGUUACUACAGAAAAAUUCUCCACUGACAGCCCAUUAUAAUAAACAUAUGCUGAGAAUAAUACAAGCAGGACUAAUUGAUAAGUGGGAAGAAUAUCGCUUCCACGACAUAACAGAUGAAGUUCCAGUGAAGUCACUGAGUAUGGACGAUCUUUUGGGCGUUUUCAAAUGUUACUGUUUAUUGGUAGGUUUAUCUGUAGUAAUUUUUGUCAUUGAAGUUGUAUUAGGUUAUGGCAAAUCAGCGAAACUGACUUUAAAGGUGAAAUUCUUACAUUGGCGUAGAACACGUGCUGCGAAAAAAAUAGAUGAUAUGGAUAGAAGAUUAGGAACAAUUAAAACAGUUCACGGUUGCACUCAGACUGAUUAAAAUAAAUAUGUACUCACAUGUAAUGCAACUAAUAGUCCGAGAGCCGGCCGUAUAAAAGUCCUAUGGAUCAGAUACAUGAAUCAUUUUUGGGGUAUGUGUAGCGGUCGACACGCCGGAAGUUGCUUGAUUUUGCCCGCAACCAAAAAUAUGACGUCAAUUCCGGUUAUUAUUUUAGGUUUAAUUGUAAUCUAUGAAAUACAUCAAGAAAAUUUAUGACUGAAAGUUUUUGACGAGUAGAAUAGAAAUGUCAAGGGUCGACAAGCUCUAUUUAUUCGCUACCCUGAGUCGAGCACCAAUUAAGUUUUUUUUUUAUUUAUUUUAAGCCAUCGUAUACAUGGAUUUGUUUACGAUUGCCAGAUCUAGUUUCUAUAUCGACAUGACGUUCUCGCAAAAGGAGGAAGCCGCCUCACAUGCCGUCUCGCUACGGAGCAUGGCCUUUACCAUGCCCCGCAGCAGAGAGCAGAGAGUGUUCCGCCUCCCAGCGCCGCGAUCAGGUCGCAGUGCUGCUGUCGCCAGGCCGAGCACUCCAACAAGGAGUGCUCGGCCGUAUCGUCCGGGGCAUCGCAGUGAUGACACUGCGGCGUUUCUUCCCGGUGAGCGAUACGGUAGUAACCGAAGCAUCCGCGUCCGAUCAGUACCU